GAAACAUCACGUGACCCCGUGACGUGCUCGGUGAUCACGUGGUGAGCCGGUCAGCUGACUGACGGCUUCCGGGUUGUCGGUGGUUGUUUACUUUGAGAGCGGAUCCUUCUUUUGUUCUUGCGGCUUAAAUCCAGCAGCCAUGAACGCCUCGGACAGUGACGACGACUCCUUCAACGAGAGGACGGCGUUGGUCCCGUCUGAGAAUCCAACAGUGCCGUCCUACACGCCAGAUCCAGACCUCAGCCCCUCAAACGGCACGCCGUCCCAAAGGGUAAAGCCGGGGGUCAGCAGGAGGGGCGGUCCGGCCGCCGGGGACGGCGGUGGUGGAGGUGGCGGGGGCUCGGAUCAGGAGGUGGAUGCAGACGAUGAGGAGCUGACACUGAAGUACGGAGCCAAGCACGUCAUCAUGCUGUUCAUCCCCGUCACCCUGUGCAUGGUGGUGGUGGUCGCCACCAUCAAGUCGGUCAGCUUCUACACCGAGAAGACUGACCAGCAGCUGAUUUACACGCCGUUCACGGAGAACACCUCAUCCGUCGGCCGCCGGCUCCUCAACUCCGUGCUCAACACCAUCAUCAUGAUCAGCGUCAUCGUGGUCAUGACCAUCUUCCUGGUCGUCCUCUACAAGUAUCGCUGCUACAAGUUCAUCCACGGCUGGCUCAUCCUGUCCUCCCUCAUGCUGCUCUUCUGGUUCAGCUUCAUGUACCUGGGCGAAGUCUUUAAGACGUACAACCUGGCGGUGGACUACCCGACGGUGGGGGUGAUCAUCUGGAACUUCGGGGCCGUGGGGAUGAUCUGUAUCCACUGGAAGGGCCCCCUGCAGCUGCAGCAGGCCUACCUGAUCCUCAUCAGCGCCCUCAUGGCCCUCGUCUUCAUCAAAUACCUGCCCGAGUGGUCGGCCUGGGUCAUCCUGGGAGCCAUCUCCGUGUACGACCUGGUGGCCGUCCUGUCCCCUAAAGGUCCGCUCAGGAUGUUGGUGGAGACGGCUCAGGAGCGCAACGAGCCCAUCUUCCCCGCCCUCAUCUACUCCUCUGCCAUGAUGUGGACGGUGGGGAUGGCGAGCCCAGCGGACGCUCCGCACUCUGGACACGAUACAGACGAGGAGGCGGAGCAGAGCGGCAGGGGGGCGGAGCCUGAGAGCAGACGGUCCCGGACGUUUCCUGAAGACGACCUGGAGGAGGACAGAGGUGUGAAGCUCGGCCUCGGUGAUUUCAUCUUCUACAGUGUCCUGGUGGGAAAAGCUGCAGCGACGGGUGGAGACUGGAACACGACGCUCGCUUGCUUCGUCGCCAUCCUUAUCGGUCUGUGCCUGACUCUGCUGCUGUUGGCCAUCUUUAAGAAAGCCCUGCCGGCGCUGCCCAUCUCCAUCACCUUCGGCCUGGUCUUCUACUUCUCCACAGACUUCCUGGUUCAGCCCUUCAUGGACAACCUGGCUGCUCACCAGUACUACAUCUGACAGAAAGACCCGCCCCCUCGCUUUCCUCCUCCUCCUCCUCAUUAUCUUCCUCGUUAUCCUGCAGGGCCGCCGCACAACGCACAAAGACCACUUCCUGCGCAGGUCUUCUACCCGUCUUUCUAACACUGUUUGGGGAACAUGACGCAUUAACCAAAACGCAGGAAGUGAUGUAAUGCGGACGGAGGAAGCUGGGGUGGGUGUUAGAAGGUGGCAGCAGGUUACCUGGUAGAUUCUCCUCAGGUGUGUUUCUGAUCACCUGCUGACUAAUAGUUUAAAGGAAAGAUCCACCUUAAAUGCUGUAACUCAUCCUGUCUGUAGAGUCUCAGUCACGUUUCUGACGGCCGCGUGUGAUUGGACGACGCUGCCGUCAGUCAAAGCAGACACAACAUCUUGUUUUCAAACUGUAAACAUUCACUGGGACAGAAUUUAAGGAUGUUAUUGACACUUUUUUUUGUGCGCUCCAUUUGCUGUUUUGUCUUUUAACUUCCUGUCGGUGGCACUGGCUUCUGUCCUGCAAACGCACACCUACAUUAAUGAGGAGGUCAUGUGACCUGACGCCACAUCCACCGCCGAUAUCUAGCUUAGCCUGUGUUAGCAGCAGCGCAGUGUUUCUGUGGUGAUUAAAACCAGCUGAUUUUGAUGCAUUAUAAACUUUUCAACUUGUUUAAUAAACAUUUUAUUAUUAGUAGUAGAAUUUGGAAUAAUCACGGCAUAAAACAAAAAUUCUUUUGAUAUUUUGAAUGUCAUUAGUUUCUGAAGAUCAGAGUGAAGAUACAGACGUUUCACUGUCACCGCCAUAACUACAGAUGAAGAAAUAUUAUUAUUAUGCAUUAAAACACUUUGAAACGACCACAUCUUGAGUUGUCAUGUUAUAUUUACAGUGUCAGUCAAUCAGCUGCUCGAUAUUUGAUCAAAUAUCUUGAGGUGAAGCUGAUCACAAGCUGCAGACGUCAUUCCCACUUCCUGUGUAGACAGGAAGUUGAAAGACAGCAUCACAGCGGAGCGAUUUUAAUGUUUACAGUAUUUUAAGGUGGAUUUCUCCAUGAACACGUUGGCAGAUCUCCCUCACAGAAACAUAUUACUUUACUUCUAAGAUUAGGAUUAAACAAGGUUUAAUUAAACUUCAAAAUCCAGCUGUGAUGCAGAACUUCAACAGAAGCUGCGGUCCUUUAUUAACGAAACAAAGCUGCGAAAUGAAACCAGCUCGACUGUCAGAGUGACGUCAACAGGUCCGAUCCGGUUUAAUCUGUUCAUUAUUUUUAGCAGUAAAAGACCUCGUAUCAAAACCGAGUUUUAGGACCUGAAUGAUUGUAGUUUAAAUUCUGCUCAUCUCGUGAGGAGAUAAUCGCUUGACCUAAAGAUAUGUACCCCCCCCAACAGUCCCUCUGAAACACCAAAAGUCCACUUUAAUACAAUUUCAGACUCUUUUUAAAGGUUUUACAUACAUUAAGAAAAGAGAAAGAAAAAGAUCUGAAUCACCCUAAUUAGUCGACGGUAGUGUUGUAGUACUCGAGACCGGUCUUGGUCUCGGACUCGACUGCAUCUGUACUCAGUCUUGUCUCGGACAUUAAGGACUCUGGAUUUUAUUUCAAGACCAGUGAAGAGCAUAACUUUGGGAAUAUCAAUAAAUUGCUUUUGCAUUGUCUGAUUUAUUUGUUAACAUCCAAACUUUGAUUGGAUGUAAAUCUUAUUGCUUCAAAUGCAACAAAUAACCCUAAUUAAAAAUGUGUUGUUACCGUUAACGACUGCCCCCCCUCCCCGUGAUGCUCAGCGUGGAAAAGGAGCGUUGAAUAAGAUGCUGACAUUGAUUUCAGCUCUUAGUGUUUAUAUGUGGGUGUUUUAACGGGAAUGUGGAUCUUUCAGAUCAAUUUGAGACGUACCUCUGAUCUGGUUCCACAUUUUAUUGUGUGUCAUGUAAUGUGGGGAGCUGGUUUGGGUCUCGACUCGGUCUCAACCCUAAAGUCUUGGUCUCGAUAAACUCUGGUCUUGGUCUUGACUACAACACUAAUAGACUAAUAGACAUGUAUUCCUUAAAACUUACGAGUACUUAUUUAUUUGAGACCAGCACUUAAUUUUUUGUCACUUGUAACUAUUCCGUUAGUUAAUAGCAACUAAAUGCACAUUUUUCCCAUUGAAAUCUACGGGGCUCUGUAGUUCAGAUAUCACCUGGUGACGAUUCCAAAACACUCUAGUAAAGAUCUUUUUUAUUCAUCUAUGACCUGUAAAACUGCUUGUUGAUAGUUACUAAGUUUAUCUCCGUAACUAUUGGAAUAGUUACUAGCAACAAAAGAAAUCAGGACUAGUAGCUAAAAAUGAGAUAUUAGUAACCAUUUCAAUUUCACUAGUAACUAUUCAAAUAGCUACUAGUAACUAAAAGAACAGGUGAAGUCUGCACUGCAGAGAUUUCAAUAGCAGAAAUGUGCAAUAGUAAUUAAUGCCUCACUAAAUGUUGGAGCUGCAACACACCUGGUUUAAAUCCUCACCUCAGCAGGAGGUCAGCUAGUGUUGCUAACUUUAACUUUGGCAGCAGAAAGCUUCAUUUUUAUCUUUAGGAUCCAUCAAACAAAACCCAAACUACAGAACACAGCACCAGUGGAGUCUGUCCAGGUGGGUUUGUGUGUCCAGGUAUGUCACCAUUGUGGUCUGGAAAUGACAGAACAGAAUCUAUAUUCUGGAAAAAUGUUUCAACUAACUUAUAUUCACCUCCAUUAUUAUAUCAUAAGAACAGAGUUGUAAUAUUUCACAGAACCAAACCUUUGUUCAGGUUUCAACACAAACUGCAUUUACUUUGUAUUUAGAUGCUACGAGCUCUGUUCUCUAGUUUACAGCCGAGUAUCAAAAUAGUUUUAUACAUCUUUACUCUCAAAAUAUAUCUUUAUUCUAGAAAAUUACUUCUUUGUAUAAAAAGAAUUUAGGCAGUGUUUCUGAAAUAUUACAACGGCAUUCUUAAAUGAUUUCUUUGGUAACCGUGGCUGUAAUUUUCUGCAGUUUCCAAAUGAAAUGCUCUGUUGCUCCGGGACUGUUCAUUUCUCUCUUACGUCAAAGACUGAACUUUCUGAUAAAGCUUUACGAACACCGGCCUGCUGUAUGAUGGGUAUAUUUUGUAGAAAGUGAUUCAGGUGAUUUUGUAACUGAAAGAUUUUAUUUCAUUGUAUUGUGCAAUAAACUUCUGUGAUGAGCUGGAGAAAUAAAAACAAAUCUAUUCAACUUC